AUGGCUGACACCAAGUUUGUCUCCUCCUCGUCUUUCGACGUUCAUCAUGGCCUCCCGUAUCAAUAUCGGUCGCCCAACUUCAACAAGCUAUCAAGGCCCAGACCCCCACGGAUUCGCAAACUCACGCCCUUCUUCAGGUUACAGAGCAGCUAACCCAGACGCUCCUCUCGAGAGGAUUCGAGCUAUCAGUAAACAGGUCGAAGACGCUAUCGAAAUAUAUUCUCAGCCUUUGAAACCUCAUUUACCUGCCAUCGGCCGGUUCUUGAUCAUUGUCACGUUCUAUGAGGAUGCUUUGAGGAUUACGACGCAGUGGACAGACCAGCUUUGGUACCUCCAAACACACAGACAUUUCUACUGGGGAGUCUCCCACCUCUUCCUAUUGCUCAACGUCAUCACAAUGCUCGUGGCUUCCACAGCAGUCAUCAUGAAACGGCACACAGAAUACGCAGUUAUCGGUCUCCUCAGCGUAGUCGUCAUUCAAGGUUUCGGAUACGGCCUCAUGUUCGACCUCACUUUCUUCCUUCGCAACUUGAGCGUCAUAGGCGGUCUCAUCAUGGUGUUUAGCGAAACCAUGAUCAACAAAAAGAAAAGCUUUGCUGGUAUCCCGUCCAUGAGCGAAACAGACCGCAAGAAAUACUUCCUCCUAGCAGGCCGCGUGCUCCUCAUCUUCCUCUUCCUCGGCUUCAUCAUCCAAGGAAAAUGGAGUAUAGGCCGCAUAUUCAUGUCCCUCUUCGGUCUCGCAGCAUGCACGAUGGUAGCAGUCGGCUUCAAAGCAAAAUGGUCCGCGACCUUCCUCGUCAUACUACUUAGCGUCUUCAAUGUCUUUGCGAAUAACUGGUGGAGCGUGCAUAGUGCGCAUCCUCAGCGUGAUUUCCUCAAGUAUGAUUUCUUCCAAACGCUGUCUAUCGUCGGCGGCCUCAUCCUUCUGGUGAACAUCGGACCCGGUGGUCUCUCGGUCGACGAGAAGAAAAAGACAUACUAAAGGAAAGACUCGACGUUUUCUUUAUUGGCAUCACGACAGCAGCAGCAUCCCGCAGAAGCAGAAGAUGCCUAGGAUCAUUUGAACGCCUGAAGUCGGACGCCUCGGUACUAAUACAUAGUACAUAUAUCCAAUAUCGCAUUGCCAAUGACUAUGGCAUCGUCGCUUUGUUAUCAUCGCUUUGUUACUACUCCUCACCGACAUAUUUUGUACAUAUAGAUGCGUGACGUGAGGGAA